AGUAUAUCAAUGACAAUGCGAAGAGAUUUACUUGGUACACAAUUGAUUAAAUUACCCACUUUGUUAUAUGAUGCACCAACAACUGGUGUAUGGUUUGGUCCUUAUCAUGAUUGUUCAUUUACGAAUCCAUCACCAAAAAGUAUGGUUCGUUGGCGUUAUUCCGUACCAAUAUUUAAAGAAGUAGCUCGUCUACCAAUUGGUUUUGUAUCAAUUGUUUUUGGAUCGAAUCUUCGUUGGUAUUCAAUUAAUCCAUGUGAUAAUGCAAUUGGAAUCAAUGCUUAUAAUCCAUUUCAAAGUUUACAUAAAUGUCAUCGUGAAACAACAGAAUGUCAAUAUCAAACUAUUCCAGAAGAAGAAACAGGUUUUGAUUUAGCUAGUUAUCGAUGUGUAUGUAAAAUUGGUUAUGAAUAUCCAUUUAAUUCAAUAAAAAAUUAUUUUGAAGGUGCUAUUAUUGAACGUGAGCAUGCAAAAAUGUUACGUGGUGAAAUCAAUGCUUAUGAAAAUAUGCAAUGUCGUCCUAUUGAUCCACAAUUAGAACCGAGAUAUUAUACGUCAGAUAGUAUGACGUCUGGAUACACUGUUGAUAUUGUCCCAUUACUACCUGAAUAUCGGCAACCAGUCAUUAAUCUUCUAAUGAGUUCAUUUUUUAUACAAGAACCACUUAAUGAUAUGCUCAAAUUUGAUAUUCCUCAUGAACCAUUAUCACUGGCUGAUCUACUUGUUACCGAUGCGCUUCGUCAGCAAUGUUCAUUUGUUGCUAUUGAUACCACAACUCCUCAUAAAGAUAUUGUUGGAGUUAUACUUAAUGGUAUUUCAAAUAGUACAGAAGAAGAAGAAGAAACAGUAGUUUUGGAAUCUGAAAAAUUUAAAUUUAUUUUUUCAUUAAUGCAUCAGGUAAUGGAUGGUUAUGAUCUAUUUAACAUGUAUAAAACUGAUCGUCUUUUUCAUUUUGAUAUUGUUAAUAUUGACGAAAAAGAACGUGGUCAAAAUUUAACUACUCGAUUAAUAGCUAAAUCACUUGAUAAAGCUCGACAAUUAGGUAUUAAAGGUGCAUAUGUUGUUUGUACAAGUUUGUUUUCACGGAAAGCAUUUAUGCGUCAUGGUUUUCAAGUUGUUAAUGAAUUAUUAUAUUCUAAACAUGGAGAUAAACGUUUACUAAAUAUGGGUAUACAUGAUCGAUGCACUUUAUUAGGAAGACAGUUAUCGAAACGACAUCAAUAUCGUCGUUCUAUUCUACGGCCAAAUAUAUUUGAAAAACUUCGUUCACUCAUUUUUCAUCGUCCAUCAAUAUGUCCACCAUGGUCACAUAUUGCUAUGUUACCUGUUGAACAAAAUGAUGAUGAUAAUAUACGUUUUGUUAAUGAUUUAACUCAACAUAUUGAUCGUAUAGCUCGUCCAUUUACAUUACAAGCUAUACGUCUUGCUCAUUUAUUUUCUAGUUAUUUAGCAUUAUAUAGACCUGAUCGAGAUCCAGCUAAUGAUGGUUUUAUUGAUCGUCGACCUGAUCCUCCACUUACUGAACAAUGGAUUGAAUCAGAAAUAAUGAGUAUAGGUUUAGCUUAUACACAACUAUUAGAAGUUAGUAUAUAUCUAAAUGGUUCUGAAUAUGAAAGACAAAAUCCAUUUCAACAACGAAAUGAAUUAUAUGAAGGACAAAAUGAAUUUGGUUAUAGAACAAGUGUAUUUCGACAUAUGAACUAUGGUUUAUCAUUUAUACGUUUUGAUAAUGAUCAUAAUAAAUAUAUUCUUAAUCGAACAUUAGAUGGAAGUUAUUUAAAUGAAGGUGGAUGGUAU